AACUGUGAGUGUGAAAUAUUUUACUCUAGUUAAAACCCUAAUAAUAAAAUGGUUUAGGUUUUUCAGAGAUAAACAAAACACACAGGUUGUCUUUUUUUAUUUUGAUUUGGAGAUGUGAGGUUUUGCCUCAUCAAUCAUCAUGCCAACUACUGAAUAAACAUAUGCUAUUGUUUAUGAAACAGAUCUGUGAAAAUAAGAACGUAAACUCCUGUAACUGUUUCAUUUGGAAAACCGUGUCUCCAAAUAUCGGCCUUCAUGGACCGGUUUCCAAUACGAACUUGCCACUCAAAACAAGGCGGAAGCGCUGACGGGUCGUUUUUUAACGGGCAACGAAGUCAGUAGUGCUGCUCCAUCUUCCUGUGUGCCACGUUUAUAAGAGUCCGACUUGAAAGCUCCGCAAGGUGUUCAGAAAAUGAGAUUUCGAUGUCGGGUUUUUUUCAAUAUAUGUCCACGUUAAAAUUAGUCUUUAAAGCAUGUCUAACAUGGAGUGGGCCGAGUCUCAGCUCGCUGAGGUAGAGCUGCUUACCAGCAUGUUUCCCGGUCAGGACGAGCUGGAGCUAACCGACCAGCUGGCUCUGGCUGACCUCAGGAGCUACGUGGAAAACUCGUCUUCUGGAGACAAGCCUCCUCCCUCCAGACCCCGGUUUUUCAUCAAACAGAGGCUGGACUCUUCAGUCAUGAAUGGGACGGAGUUUAUUCUGUCCUGUGCCUAUCCAUCGGAAUACCCCAGUGUGUUACCUGAAAUAACAGUAAGGUGUUCAGCUCUUAACAGGGCCCAGCAGACAGAAAUCCAGACAGAUCUCCAUAAAUACCUCAUGGGAAACUGCCUGGGAGAAUUAUGUGUGCUUGCUGCUGUGGAAUGGGUGAAAGAAAACUUGGAGCAUUUCAUUAAGAAGAGCUUUUCAGCAUCACAGGCUCCAAAACUGGAGUCUGCUUCUCAACCCCUGCAAGAAGUGUUUAGCCGACUGUGGAUCUACAGUCACCACAUCUACAACAAGUCAAAGAGGAAGAACAUCUUGGAGUGGUCUAAGGAGUUGGGCCUCUCAGGAUUCAGCAUGCCAGGAAAGCCUGGCAUUGUGUGUGUUGAAGGUCCUCAAUCAGCCUGUGAGGAGUUUUGGUCCAGAGUGAAGGUUCUGACGUGGAAGAAGAUCAUGAUUCGACACAGAGAGGAUAUUAACCUUAAUCGCCAAGGCGAGGACAGCAAGAGUGUUGAGAGUAUAGACUCCCUGCGCAAAUUCACAUGCUUUGAAGAGGCAAUGUUUGACCCUCAUGGGAAUAGAGGCAAUCACAUGGACCUUGGACAGCUCUACCAGUUCUUAAAUGAGAAAGGCUGCUGUGAUGUCUUUCAGAUUUAUUUUGGCAUUGAAGGAAGGUAGUAGCCAAUGUCAGAGCACAAGUUGUGAUUAAAACAAAAUGACCGUCUUUUUCUUUAUUAAAUGAGCCUCAAUGGUGGAGAUGGUACAGAAAGAAUCAUUCUUAGAUUUUAGAGAUUGUCUACUUAUUUUUGUUAAAUUUACUUCCCUCUCUCAAAGAAGCUAUAUAAUGAUGUAAUCUGAAUCCUCUGAAGGUUGUCAGUUUUUUGUUGUGUUUUCAGAAAAUCAUAAUUGUGCUUCAGGUCAUACUUUGAUCUGGGUGCUACUGCCUUCAAACACCAUAAGUGGCUGAUAUGGGGGUUUUAAUUCAAAUACCAUUGUAAUAUCCCCACCAAUAUUCAAGAACAGCAAAUGGGGUGUAUGUAUUUUUUGGAAUCAGUUUUCUUUACAAACAGUUAACAUUAGAUACAGAAUAUAGAGUAUUAAAAUGAGAGACACCAGACCCUAUAAUGCAGACGAACUAAAGGUCGCUUGUAAAGCAAUCUGGGUUUCUUUAACACCUCAGCAGUGCCACAGGCUGACCACCUGCCACACUGCAUUGACACAGUGAUUGAUGCAAAAGGAACCCUUUUGAGUGUGAAAUGAAAUGUCAGUAUUCUAACUAUUUUGUAUUAAAAAUUCCUUUUUAUUACAAUUAUGUAAUAUUACACCUUUUUGUUUUUCAUUAGCAUCAGAGUAAACAGAAAUAAACACUUGAAUUAUAUCACUCCAAGUAAUGAAUCUAAAUAACACAGUUUUAUUUUCUGACUUACUCAAAUAAAGUAACUUUUUGAUUA